AUGACGUGUCAUGGCUGAAAAUUACAGUGUGUAAUAUGUAUGUGUAUCUUUUCGAUUAACAUUUUUGCUAUAAAAAUUAACAUUUUUUUUUUUUUUUAUUAAACAAAAAUAUAAUGUGGAGUUGUGAAUGCAUUUUUACGUAAUUUUUAUUUCUUUAAAAUAUACUUGAAAGAUCAUUUGCACAAAACAAAGUUAUAAUAAAGAACAAUGACGGUAAGAUUGAUAAGUGUUUUGUGCGUAAUUCCUGUUGUUAUAGGAUUUUACUUACCUGGAUUAGCACCAGUUAAUUUUUGUAAAGCCGGCGAUACAACAGAAACAUGCAAGUCGGAAAUAACAAUGUAUGUGAAUCGACUAAAUUCUGAACAAAAUGCUCUUCCCUAUGAAUAUCAUCAUUUUGAUUUUUGUGCAAGUGAUGAAAGUUUAUCGCCAGUUGAAAAUUUAGGACAAGUUGUAUUUGGAGAACGAAUAAGACCAUCUCCCUAUAAGCUUGAAUUUUUAAAACCUUAUAACUGUGCAAAAGUUUGUUCUAAAACUUAUGCUGGUGACAAUGAAGAUGAUAGAAAAAAAUUGCAAUUUCUUAAAAAAGGAAUGGCUCUUAAUUAUCAGCAUCAUUGGAUCGUUGACAAUAUGCCAGUAACCUGGUGUUACUCAGUAUCAGAAGAACGUCAAUAUUGUAGUAUUGGUUUUCCGAUGGGAUGUUUUAAUGAUCAAUCACCAACGGAAGAAGAUCCUUGUGGAAUUAAUCUCAAUUAUAACAAGUUAAAUACAUAUUACUUGUUCAAUCAUGUGGAUUUAACAAUUACUUAUCACAGUGGAGCAAAAGAGGAAUGGGGUACCGGUUUUAAAGAAAAUGGAGGACGUAUAAUAUCUGUUAAAGUAAAUCCCCGAAGUAUUAAACAUCCAAAUAAAGGUGUGGAUUGUGGAUCGACAAAUUAUAUGGAAAUUCCAGCUGAUGAUCUUCAAAAAGAUGAUUCAAUGACUGUCACUUAUUCAUAUUCCGUGAAAUUUCAAAAAAAUAAUACUAUCAAAUGGUCUUCAAGAUGGGAUUAUAUUUUAGAAUCUAUGCCACAUACGAAUAUUCAAUGGUUCAGUAUUUUGAAUUCACUUGUUAUUGUAUUAUUCCUAUCAGGAAUGGUUGCAAUGAUAAUGCUUCGAACUUUACAUAAAGAUAUUGCUCGCUACAAUCAGGUAUACUUCCAGAUAGAGUCAGGAGAAGAUGCUCAAGAGGAAUUUGGAUGGAAAUUGGUUCAUGGAGAUGUAUUUCGUCCUCCAAGAAAGGGAAUGCUUCUUUCUGUUCUUUUGGGAUCGGGAAUUCAAGUAUUUUUCAUGACUCUUGUUACGUUAGCAUUUGCUUGUCUUGGAUUCUUGUCACCAGCAAAUAGAGGCGCUUUAAUGACUUGUGCAAUGGUUUUAUAUGUUUGUUUGGGAACAACAGCUGGUUAUGUUUCGGCUAGAAUGUAUAAAAGUUUUGGCGGUGAAAAAUGGAAAUCAAACGUUCUUCUUACAGCUAUGCUCAGUCCAGGAAUCGUCUUUAGUUUAUUCUUUGUAAUGAAUCUGAUUUUUUGGACUAAUGGGAGCUCAGCUGCUGUACCAUUCAGUACACUUAUUGCUCUUUUGGCUCUUUGGUUUUGUAUAUCAGUUCCAUUAACUUUUAUUGGAGCUUACUUUGGAUUCAGAAAACGACCUUUGGAGCAUCCAGUGAGAACUAAUCAAAUUCCAAGACAAAUACCAGAACAGAGUUUCUAUACACAAGCAGUACCUGGAGUAGUGAUGGGCGGUGUGCUACCAUUUGGUUGCAUUUUCAUACAAUUGUUCUUUAUUUUAAACUCUCUUUGGUCGAAUCAAAUGUACUACAUGUUUGGUUUUCUUUUUUUGGUGUUUUUGAUUUUGAUUAUUACUUGUUCAGAAACGACCAUUCUCCUCUGCUAUUUUCAUCUUUGUGCAGAAGAUUAUCAAUGGUGGUGGCGCAGUUUCCUGACUUCUGGAUUCACAGCUUUCUAUCUUUUGAUUUAUUGUAUACAUUAUUUCAUGACGAAAUUAAACAUAGAAGAUGCAAUUUCGACUUUUCUUUAUUUUGGAUAUACAUUUAUAAUUGUCUUCUUGUUCUUCCUAUUAACAGGAUCGAUUGGAUUUUUUGCCUGUUUUUGGUUUGUGAGGAAAAUUUACAGUGUAGUUAAAGUUGACUGAAAAAAAACGACAAUAUUUUUAAAUAUGUGUCCUAAUCUACGUAUAAAUUAAUUGUACUUGCAAUAGAUCUUUUCAUUUCAAUUCGAUCUCUUUUGCUCUUUAAAAAAAAAUAAUUGAAAUAAAAAGGUCUAUUAGUAAUCGUAUAACAAUAAAUUUUUUUUAGAUUCAAAGAAAUUCUUCAAAAAGAAGAAAAAAAAAGUACUACAAAAAAAAAUUUAUACCAUACCUACAUAAUAUAAAAAGUGUGGCAAGUAAUUUAUUUAAAGGCACUUUCAAAAAGUGCCAUUUUCUUCAUCACUUUUUUGUGAAUAAUUGUGUGUAUGUGCGUGUAAUUUUUUUUUUUUUUUUUUUCCUUAGGCUGAUAAUUUCUUCAGUAACUCAAAAUGUAAAAUUUAAAUAUUUUUAUCAUUAUCAACAAUCAGCAAGAUUAUCAAUUAAUUAUUCGACUAGUUUUAUAUAUUGCGAACGUAAGGUUGCAAAUAUCAGUUUAUUUUGCAAAUGAAAAAAAAAAAAAACUGAUGAUUGUUUUGUAACGCGGUUGUAUCUAUUGUUGUAAAUAAAAAGAUGACGAUAAGGAAAAUA